UGUUCGGCUGGGGUAGUCAAGUGGUGACGUACAGUGAUAAAUGUUAGCUGCCAGAAUGCGUUUCGUACAAUAUUUGCGCAAGGGUGACCUGGCUAAGCGCCUUGGCCUGCUCGCCGACGAUCAGAAAUCGUUGGUGGAGUUGGCAGGAGUGGAGGGAGUGCCCAACGAUCUAAAGACGUUAAUUGCCCAGAACCCGAACAUUGAAGAGCUGGCCAAGAAGGUGCAAAAGCAGCCCACUCUGGCGCUGAAUGAUGAUGUCACUUUGCUGCCCCCCCUCACCGAUCCCGGCAAGAUCAUUUGCAUAGGACUGAACUAUCAGGACCAUUGCGAUGAGCAGAACAAGCCGGCACCCAAGGAACCGAUGUUCUUCAGCAAGUUCAACAACACGUUGGUGGGGCCCACUGAUAAUGUUAUUGCCCACAAGUCGAGUGAAAAAAUCGACUGGGAGGUGGAACUGGUGUGUGUCAUUGGCAAGGUCGCCCGCCAUGUGCCCAAGGACCAGGCAAUGGACUAUGUCUUUGGCUAUAGCAUCGCCCAGGAUAUCUCGGCCCGCGACUGGCAGAAGGAGCGCAAUGGAGGCCAGUUCUUGAUUGGCAAGUCGAUGGACACUUUCCUACCACUGGGACCCGCGGUUGUGCACAAGAGUCUGGUCAAGAAUGUGUACGAUCUGAACCUGAAGACAUGGAUCAAUGGCGUUGAAAAGCAGAACGGCAACACGGGCAACCUGAUCUUCAAGCUGGACGAUGUUAUCAAUAGAUUGACGGAGACAAUAACCCUGCUGCCUGGCGACAUCAUUGUCACGGGCACCCCCAAAGGCGUGGGCAUGCACCGCAAUCCGCCAGAGUUCCUCAAGGCGGGCGAUGUCAUCAAAUCGGAGAUCGUUGGUCUGGGCACAAUGACCAACAAGGUUGUGGCAUCCUAAAUCCAUAAUGACAUCCCGUCAAUUGUUAUAAUUGUUAUGUGUGUAACGAAAUAAUUGCAUUUAAUCAAGUUUUAAA